GUGGAGGAGUAUAGGCUGUGCUGUCAGCCCAGUGUCAGUCUGAUGAAGAUUGGCAUGCAGAAUCUUUGACGAGUUGGACCCUAAGCCACAGUGAAAACACAAGUGAAAGGUCCUGCGCUGUGGUGGGCCAGCUAGCUUCUCAAUGUGACACAAUCCCAUGAUGCAACAUGCGUCCCCAGCACCUGCAGUGACAAUGAUGGCCACCCAGAGUGUUCCUCCACCAACGUACCAGGAGAGCCAACAGAUGACGGGCACAACUCAGCAGAACAACAAGACCCCUCAGGUCCACAUCCCAGCAGCCUCCACAGGAGGAAAUGCUUCUGUCAGUGUGACCCUUGACCCCCAGGCCCAGCUUGAAUCUGACAAGAGGGCUGUUUACAGCAAGAUGUCCUGGGAAAUAAAAACCACCCUAAGAAAUAAGAGACACCCAUUGUUCCCCCUGCUGGCUUUGCUGUUUGAGAAAUGUGAGCAGGCGACACAAGGAUCUGAGUGCAUCACGUCCGCCAGCUUUGAUGUCGACAUUGAAAACUUUGUUCACCAGCAGGAGCGGGAUCAUAAACCCUUCUUCAGUGAAGACCCAGAAUUAGACAACUUGAUGGUCAAAGCCAUUCAAGUGUUGCGGAUCCACCUGCUGGAGCUGGAGAAGGUCAAUGAACUCUGUAAGGAUUUCUGCAACCGCUACAUAACGUGCCUCAAAACCAAGAUGCACAGUGACAACCUUCUCCGUAACGACCUGGCGGGGCCCUACUCUCCGACGCACACCAGCCUCAGCAUGCAGCAGGAAUUAAUUCAGACCUCUCCGUCCAUGACGUCCGUGUCCAACUCUGUCAACUCUUCAGGGAUUGUGACGCCCAGUGCAGGUCUGCAGCAGGGCAGCGUUUCCAUGACCACCAUAAACUCUCAAGUGGUAUCAGGUGGGGCGCUGUACCAGCCAGUUGCCAUGGUGGCGUCACAGGGGCAAGUGUUAGCGCAGGCUUUGCCACCGGGAACCAUUCAGAUCCAGAACGCACAGGUAAAUGUUGAUUUGUCAGCACUACUGGAUAGUGAGGACAAGAAGUCGAGGAACAAGAGAGGAGUCCUCCCCAAACAGGCCACCAACAUCAUGCGCUCUUGGCUCUUUCAGCAUCUUAUGCAUCCGUACCCGACAGAGGAUGAGAAAAGGCAGAUUGCCGCACAGACAAGCUUAACCCUUUUGCAAGUGAAUAACUGGUUCAUCAAUGCUCGACGGCGUAUCCUCCAGCCUAUGUUAGAUGCCAGCAACCCUGACCCAGCUCCCAAAGCAAAGAAGAUGAAGUCCCAGCAUCGUCCCACACAGCGAUUCUGGCCAGACUCCAUUGUUGCUGGAGUUCUGCAGACACACAGAUCUCAGCUGGGGAACAACUCAGACAACCCUCUCAGCCUGGACAGCCUCCAGUCGCUGUCGUCAGACUCUGCCACCCUGGCCAUGCAGCAAGCCAUGCUCGGAGCCGACGACUCCAUGGAUGGUACGGAGGACGAGGAGGAGGAGGAGGAGGAGGACGAGGAGGAGGAAGGAAUGGAGGAGGAGGAGGAGGAAGAGGAGGAGGAUGGGGAGAAUGACACCAACAGGGGGAGCCCCAUGCCGUCUUGCGUGGGAGCGGCAAGGAGAGAGCUGAGCAUGGAGCGCCGGGAAGAACUGGAACGCGGAACUCUGGUUCCACCCAAAUCCAACCUCUCAUUGGCUGAAACACACCCUGAAUGCACAAGGCACUUUCCAACACUGUGUGAACCUCCACAUCUCUACGGACACUUUUUCUCUCGGUGUGACUGCUGCAGGCUGGAAGACAUCCAAUCCAGUAAGGUACUCAAAAUGUCGAUUGCCAAGGCAGCAGCAAGGGCUUUGCUCUCCGAUGCCCUGCUACAGGACAAUCCCGCCCUAAACCGUCUUAGCCACCUGGAGUUGGAGCUUCCUCUGGACAAGGUCAUCAAAUAUGUGUCUGUCGGCCUCCCGCUGCUGCUGGUUUCCAUGGCCUUUGCCCGCGAAGUGUCCCUCGGUCCCCAGAUCAGCUGCUUCCCUCCAAGCAAUUUCACAAUCAAGCAGGCCAGCUACGUGGAUACGUACUGCUGGGACUCUCUUAUGCAUCACGAGUUUGAUAACGAUGGCAACUUUGAGGAGCGCUCACUCUGGGUCCACAAAAUGUUUCCGUACUCACUUCUAGCGAUGGCAGUGUUAAUGUACCUGCCGGCUCUCAUCUGGCGCCAGCUGGUCGUGCCUUCGCUCGGCUCGGACAUGCUCUUCAUAAUUGAUGAACUCGACAAGUCGUACAACCGAUCGAUUCGCCUGGCUCAGAACAUCCUGGAUAUGCGACAGAAUACCAAAAAUCCGCUGACGUUUCAGGCAGAGCUGCAGAGAGCCAAGAGGAAGAGAUACUUUGAAUACCCCCUACUGGAAAGAUACAUGAAAUGCAAGCAAAACUCCUACUUCCUCGUGAGCAUGCUCUUUUUGCGAGGAUUCCUCCUGCUAACCUUCAUGACGGCGGCCUGUCUUUAUCUGGCCUACUUCCACCUUUCUGCCUUCCUCCAGGAUGAGUUCAGCUGCUUUGUGCGUAGCGGCAUGCUGCGGGAUCAGAACUGGGUUCCUGAGCUGGUUCAAUGUAAAAUGAUUGGCCAGCUGGUUUUUCAGGUGAUCAGUGUGGCCAACGGCGCCAUCUACGUUCUGUUGGCCCCAAUCGUGGUCUUCAGUCUCAUUCGGCUCUUUGUUUGGGACACCACCUUCAUCUCAGUGUAUGAGGUCCUUCCAGCUCUGGAUGUGGUCAACCAACGCAGGCUCGGAUGCCCCCUGAAUGAUCUCAACGUGCUCCUGCUUUUCCUGCGGGCCAAUGUCGCACACCUGAAGUCCUACGGGAAGGUGAGGGCUUUGUGCUCCCUGGCACCCCCACAGAUUGGUAAAACAACCGCAGGAGAAGGACUGAGCGCCAUGCUGACCCAAGAAGAGAUCGAAGAACGCGAAGAGGCUGCGAUGGAGUUGGCGGAGGAGGCCAAGGAGGAAGGGAAGUUCAACCUCGUGGACAUGAUGACUAUUCUGGGAGCCGCGCAGGGAAGAGUUUCAAACAGCAGUGAACAGAGGCCAAUGAAGGAGGAGAAUAUGAGUUUUGGUACUGUCUCACUAAUCUACACACUCAAACGCAUUUUGCUAGUGCUUAUAUUCACUUACAUCAUUUGGGAUGUGCAGAAAAUAUUUUAAUGCAUGCUCAAGAAGCACAUUGGAAAGAAGGCCAGAUGUUCAUACUUAAAGUUGUCUUGUACACAAGAUAAAGGAGGACUACAAUUACCAAACUUCUUACAUUAUUAUAUCUCCUUCGGUUGUGAACAAGCAAGCCACUUAUUCAAUUCUUCUGCAGAUAAGGACUGGAUCAACAUAGAAAAAAUAUGUUAAUGAAUUUGGACAUUGAUGUGGGGAGCUUAUAUUAUAUUAAAACAAUACCUAAUGAAUUGAGGCAGAGCCCAAUAGAAGCCAUCUUUAACAUUCUAAAACUGUGCCAGAAAAUACUAGGAAUCAACCCAAUGACAUCU